AUGAUGAUCAUCAAGUCGCCAAAGGUUGUUUUUGUGCUGGCCAUGCUCAUGGCGGCUUUGGCCGUUGCUCUCACGCCAACACCAUCUGAUAAAAAAGGCUCAUUUCUCAGUCGUGAGGAUGAUGAAGAUCAUUCAAUGGUGAAAGCCCAAGAACCAACUUCUCUCCGGGGGCCAAGCCGCCACGUCCUUGCUCUGAACUACGACCGCUACGUGAACUACGACCGGUACGUGAACUUCGACCGGUACGUUUGGACAUGUGACAAAAAUCCCAAGGUUUGCAGCGCCGUGGGCAGCGGUGGGCCAGACUGCUGCAUGAAGUGGUGUGUGAAUGUGACGACAAACAUUUUCAACUGCGGGAAAUGUGGGAAGCCAUGCAGGUUUUCUGAGAUCUGCUGCGAUGGUCAAUGUGUGAACCCCAUGUCCAACAAGCUGCACUGUGGACGCUGCAACAACAAGUGCAAGAAAGGGGGUGCCUGUGUGUAUGCAAUGUGUAACUACGCAUAA